GGCGGCGGCCGGGGAGCGCGGCGCUCGCGCCAUGGCCGACAUGGAGGAUCUCUUCGGCAGCGACGCCGACUCGGAGGCCGAGCAGAAAGAUUCUGAUUCUGGAUCUGAAUCUGAUUCUGAUCAGGAGAAUGCUGGCUCUGGUAGUAAUGCUUCUGGAAGCGAGAGUGACCAGGAUGAUGACAGGGAAGCAGUAAAACCUAGUAAUAAAGAGUUAUUUGGUGAUGAUAGUGAGGAUGAGGGAGCAUCACAUCAUACAGGGAGUGACAACCACUCUGAAAGAUCCUACAAUCGCUCUGAAGCUUCAGGACAUUCUGAGCACGAAGAUAACGAUCAGUCCGAUGCGGAUCAGCACAGUGUUUCGGAAGCUGCUCACGAUGAUGAUGAUGAUGACAGAGGGCAUGGAUCAGAUGAAGGCAGCCAUCAUUCAGAGGGAGACGGUUCUGACAAAGCGCAUUCAGAAGAUGAAAAGUGGGGCAAAGAGGACAAAAGUGAUCAGUCAGACGACGAGGAGAGGCAGCAGAACUCUGAUGAUGAGGAGAAAGUGCAGAACUCUGAGGAAGAUGAAAGGCCACAGAUGUCUGAUGAUGAGGAAAGACUCCAGAACUCUGACGAGGAGAAAAUGCAGAACUCUGAUGAUGAAGAGAGACCUCAGGUCUCAGAUGAGGAGAAGAUGCAGAACUCUGAUGACGAUGAAAGAGCCCAGCAUUCUGAUGAGGAGAAGAUGCAGAACUCUGAUGACGAUGAAAGAGCCCAGCAUUCUGAUGAGGAGGAACAAGAGCAUAAAUCUGAGUCUGCAAGGGGCAGUGAUAGUGAAGAUGAAGUUUUGCGAAUGAAACGAAAGAAACCAAUUGCAUCAGAUUCAGAAGUGGACAGUGAUACAGAAGGACAGAAAGAACAUACAGAUGUUAUGGAUCUGUUUGGAGGUGCAGAUGACAUUUCUUCAGGGAGUGAUGGAGAAGACAAGCCACCAACUCCAGGACAGCCUAUUGAUGAGAAUGGACUGAAUCAAGAACAGCAGGAAGAGGAGCCCAUUCCAGAGACUAGAAUAGAGGUAGAAAUACCAAAAGUAAACACAGACUUGGGUAAUGAUUUGUAUUUUGUGAAGCUGCCCAACUUCCUUAGCGUGGAGCCCAGACCUUUUGACCCCCAGUAUUACGAGGAUGAAUUUGAAGAUGAGGAGAUGCUUGAUGAGGAGGGUAGAACUAGGUUAAAACUCAAGGUAGAAAACACCAUACGAUGGCGAAUGCGGCGAGAUGAGGAAGGAAAUGAGAUUAGAGAAAGUAACGCACGGAUAGUCAAAUGGUCGGAUGGAAGCAUGUCACUCCACUUGGGCAAUGAGGUCUUUGAUGUGUACAAAGCGCCACUACAGGGAGAUCACAACCAUCUCUUUAUCAGACAAGGGACAGGUCUACAAGGACAGGCUGUUUUCAAAACAAAGUUAACCUUCAGGCCACACUCUACAGACAGCGCUACCCACAGGAAGAUGACUCUGUCCCUUGCAGAUAGAUGUUCAAAAACUCAGAAAAUCCGUAUUUUGCCAAUGGCAGGUCGCGACCCAGAGUCUCAGCGCACAGAAAUGAUUAAGAAAGAAGAGGAGAGGUUAAGAGCUUCCAUUCGUAGAGAGUCUCAGCAGCGAAGAAUGCGGGAGAAGCAGCAUCAGCGUGGUCUGAGUGCAAAUUACUUAGAACCUGAUCGCUAUGAUGAGGAGGAUGAGGGAGAUGAUGCAAUCAGUUUAGCAGCUAUCAAAAACAGAUACAAAGGUGGCAUCAGAGAGGAACGUGCUAGAAUCUAUUCUUCUGACAGUGAUGAGGGCUCAGAUGAAGAUAAAACACAAAGACUGCUUAAGGCGAAGAAACUUACUAGUGAUGAGGAAGGUGAACCUUCUGGAAAGAGAAAAGCUGAGGAUGAUGACAAGGCAAGUAAGAAGCAUAAGAAAUAUGUAAUCAGCGAUGAAGAGGAAGAUGAUGAUGAUUAAUACUGAGAAAGCACAAAAGUUGAUUUUUAAAUAUAUAUUUAUAUAUAUAUUGUACAGUUCUCUUACAGCAAAAGUGUAAGUAACCAUAAUGGGGUUAUUUUGAUAACGACAUAUUCCAUUGGCUUCUGUGUUUCUGGUGUGAAUAAAGUUUUCUGACUUUCUUUUAUUUUUAAAA